UGCCAAAACCUCUGCUUGGAGAGUAGUGACGCAAUGAGUCGAGCAUGGCGAGUGCCUUUCCAAACAUGACGUCACGGCGCGCUCGGAGCACACCGCCCUGGCGGUUACAGACAGAAGCAGGGCGAAGUGCCCUCGUCUCGUCACAUUCUUUUCGCUGGCACUGCCAACUGUACGCAGGGGUGCAUGCAGCCUAAAGCAGCAUACACUCUCUGUGUUAUGUGUUACAGUUUUCAUUGGACAAACAACCCAUUUUUUUUUAAAUCACGGAGGUACCUGGACUCAAGAUGGAGAAUAACACUGUGGAUGGACGCGUACCGAAUGAGAACCAACUGACGCAGCCGACCGGAACUGCGAGACUACAGCAAAGCGCCCCCUACCGAUCGCCGCCUGCCAUUCCACCAGCGCUUCCAAACGCGGAGGCAGGCAUGGGCAUCGCCCUGGAGACUGCUCAGAAACAAGGUCCAACAGCGACACAUUUGGACUCGGCGAGACCCGGGGAGACACUGCGUCAGAGAUCGGGCCCGUACACCAAGAAGGUUCACCACUCCAGUCGCUCCCUACCACGGCGUCCAGCUAAGCAACACAGCUGGACCGUACUUACAGCAUCCACGCAUCACCUGAAUAGCAGAGAUCCCUCGGAAGGACCCUCGGGUACGCAAGCAGGCGGUCUCGGGUGGCUGUCCGGAGGACUACUGGUAGCCCAGACUCUACUGCAUCGCGGAAACGCACCGAGGGAACGCAGCGGUACGGAGAGGCUGAAAGACUUCGUGCCUUACCAGUGGCUCUUGCAGCGUUUGAAGAAAGCUGCUGCGACUGGUGCGACCGAGAACGAAACGAACAACCCAUCCAAGAGCGCCACCUCAUCUCUACCGAAGGACGGACAACAAUCAAACAGCCAUACAGCAUCAAGCAGUGGGAGGUGCGCAUACCAACCUUACAGUCAUUUUGCGGAGCAAGCAAUGUGCGAAACUUCGACUAGUUCAGUCAGCAGGCCAUCAAAUCAGACCCAAGAUGAGCCAAUGGAGUUAGGAAGUGAGCCCUCCUCAGAGACGGAAACUGCCCACGACAGUGCCAGUGGAAAUAUUAAUCGUCUGGUGGAGAAUGCAGGUUUUGACCGAUUCCAUUUUGACCACGACUCGAAACCGUCAAUGUGCGUUAGCGACAGCCGUCUGCGCUGUCCUGCUGUUGAGGGCAUGGAGACGGAGUCGUCCAUUCUAGGUUCUGAGGGGUGUGAGGAUACGGCAGAGACGGCCCGCCUUGAGGAGGGAGAGACGAGAGAACGCCGACGACGCUUUCUGUCCGGCCCGGCACGACUGGUGGACACACGCACUGGUUUUGCCAAGGUGAUGGCAGCAACGACACAGCGCAUGCGUGGAAAGAGGCUGGUCGAGGACGUUUUGAAGAAAAAUCAACCACGUGACCAACUGCCGAAAGUUCCCGCCAAAAGACGCUGGAAGUCCUUUUGACUUGUCGAUUACGUUGUAGUAUAGUUUGAGCUGACCAGUCUCAAGUCAAGGUUUUUGGUCUUGCUGUUUCUAAAAUACCAAAAAUUUACCUAGAUGGCAACUGGAUGGCAAACAACUGCACUGAAAUGUAUUGCAGAAACGACAGUUAUUAUUUGUUAUCAUUUUGUUUGAA